AUGUUUCUGGCUGGUUUGGCUAAGAAUGUCCUAGGAGUUCCUAAGAGAUGCGUCAUGAUCUUUAGUUCUGUUCUCAUGUGCCAUAAGGAAUCAUCUCUGUACGGUCUGGAGUCUGGCAGUGGGUCUUUUCUAGACAACAGAUCAUCGCCGUCGCAUGUAGGACAGAUCCGACAGCUCGCUCGUCCCAUCGAGCGCUUCUCGGGCUUUCCGCAGAAAGCGGCGCUGAGACCCGGUUCUACGCUGAACCACGCUCUGUCGAAACGAUCAGACGCGCGCGGACGCCCGCGCGGGGGUGGCAGAACACCUGAGCCAGCUUCAGGGGAUUGCUGGCUCUUCACGCGGCACGGAAACACGGAUUACCUGCGCAGCGGCUGGUCGCGCGGACACAUGGCCCCCGCCGGAGACAACAAGAGCUCUGAGCCUGUGUUUUUGGUGUUUGUGUUUGUGGGUGCUGCUUGUGAUGAUGUGUUUUUAAGGCUGGAGAUGUACUGCAGAGAUCUGACGCAGAGCUUCAGUCACGUCUGGAUCGUCUCUGGACCGCUGCUGCUGCCGCGGACGCUCGAGAACGGCAGCAGAACCGUCUGCUAUCAGCUGAUCGGGAAGGACGACGUUGCAGUUCCCACUCAUCUCUACAAAGUCAUCCUGGCUCAGAACGACUCGUCUCCGGACUCUCUGGCUCUCGGAGCGUUUGUUGUCCCGAACGCUCCGAUCGGCUUCGAGCGUCCGCUGACAGAGUUUCAGGUGAGUCUGUCUGAUCUGGAGCGCAUGUCCGGCCUGACGUUUCUUUCUUCCCCGUUUGUGGCUGUGGAGCGACGCGAGCGGCUGAAGAACCUGUGUGACGUGGACUCCUGCCAGCUCAUUGACCUCGAGCGCUUCACGCUGUACAUCAGCGGCCGGAAGGUGGCCAGCGCCAGGACCCUCGCGCGGCUGGAGAAGAUCAUGACGGAGCUGAAGGAUGCAGGCGUCACACCUGACCACUACCUGAGCAACCUCUACCUGGAGAAGAAACGAGAGCUCGAAGAGAAAGAGGAGCGCGAGAAGAAACCAGAGCCAUGAGAGUGCUGAAUUUGAUAGUUUUCCUUCAUUGCAUCGCAGUAUUUUGUUUAUUUUUUAAUUGUUGUUUUAGCAUUCGUUAAACAUUCAUCAGUGGGACCAGACACACACUCAGAGAGUCUGAAAGUUACUUGAAACAUUGGGUUGAUCACUAAUAAAGUCUUGUGUUUCUUAUUUGCUGCUGUUGUUUUGCUUAUCGUGCUAGAUUCAUCUUGGAAAUUAAGAAAAUCGUAAGUACUGGGAAUUUUGUGUUGUUUGAUCAUUUUGAGAUUUUUGAACAAUAACCACUGCCAAUAAUCGUCUGAAUUCUAAAUAAAUAUUGAUAUAAUUUCAGUUA